CUCAAGCUUUUCUUGCCCUCACAUGCUAACCACCAACAAGCAUGACUCAUCCAACUACAAGUUGUUGGUUUAUGACAUCUUUAUCAGCUUAUAAAUACCAUGAUCCAGAAGACGAUCACCAACAACCUCAGCAUUAAGCACAACUAGAUCACAACUACUGGAGGCCAAAUAUGGAUAACAGAUUCUCAAGCACUGUCAUGGGUGCCCCGAUUGUAUCAAGGGGGCUCAUUUUUUCUAAAGCUUAUCAACCCAUUUACACUCUUCCGAAUUCUUCCAAACUCAACACCACAGAAAGAAAAGACACCCUUGCGGUGUCCACCAAAAAUCACGGCAACCGUAGCUUAGGAUUAGGACCAAAACUAAUAGAAAUUGUGAAACACAGGCUGAGUUAUGGUGCAAAAAUCCUACCACUUGGCCGUGAAGGAAGAAUUUUCCGUAAAAGUUUCAGUACAACGGAUUGUGAGAACUUGUUGCAUACUUCAAGGUGUUCCAUAUACACUACAGCUGGCGCGAUCAGGGGCAUACUGUUCAUCUCUAAUGAAAGGGUGGGAUUUUGCAGUGAUAGGUCCCUCAAAACAUAUUCUGCAGCAGGGGAGAUGUUAAAGUUCCAAUAUAAGGUUUCAAUUCCGUUAGAAAAGAUUAAAGGAGCAGAAGAGAGCAUGAACAUAAAGAUGCCAUCAAACAAGUAUGUGGAGUUGGUGACUGUGGAUGGUUUCAGCUUCUGGUUUUUGGACUUUCCAAAUUCUAAGAGAACUUUAAGAUCUCUCCGUCAGGCAAUUAAUCAGUCACGAUUGCUUACCCAAUAGAUAUAGAACAUUAGUCAUGAAUGAUCCAUGUAUAAUACAACAGUAUGUUGUAUGGCCAUUUUUUUGACAGUAAGUUGUAUAUACAUUUGUUUAUAGACAUUAGCCAUUGUCAAUGACUUAUUUUCCAUUGCUUGUUUGGUUACUUGUUGUAUAUAAAUUUCUUCAACAAUCAUUUCUCAUAUUAUGUUUUCGUAUCAGUGUUGUAUGCCAAAGAAAGUUUAAACAUCA